AUGAAGCCACAUCUCCUUGUUCUUCUUUUCCUUGUUCUUCUUUCCAGCAUCCAAGCGUUCAAGAGUACGAGAUUUGUAUUCAAUGGAACGAUAGAGUGUCCAAAGCAGCCCAAUUGGUGUUACGAGAUAAGACUUGCGGCAGUACACAAAGGCUAUGGAGAAUUGAUAACCGACCAUGAAACUUGUUUGAAGGGCGAAACAAAAGGAAAGUAUCAUAUCGAUGAAGUUCAGGACUGGAAAGAAGAAUAUGCUGAUUUCUUCGCAGUUUCGUUAAUUGUUAUUCAUAACUGUGGAGAUGAACAAAAGAGCUUGAUUGCCAGAAGAUUCCCAAAGGAAAAAAUGUCCAAAAGAUUCUUCAUUCGCCAAGUGGACUUCAAUUUGGAUACAAAGGUUGUCAUUAAAAAGCACAUUAAAGUUUGA